GUGUAUACCUUCAUUCGACCUCGGUAUAUAGAGGAGCAGUACAGGUGGGUUACGAUUUUAAUCUUGUCAUUUACUGGAAAGAGGCGAGCUCUCGUGUGGCUAGAAAUGGAGGAAGGAAUUCAAUGACCACGGCAUUGUUUCAAGGGGUUUACAGCAGCACUAGUGGAAUGGCCGGGAUGGUAGGAAAUUCGGCGUUUCUGAUGGGAAAUUAUGAGCAGCACAGGCAUCUUACAGCAGGCAUCCACUUCUGUAGAAGGAGAGCUUCGAGUCUUCGCUCUUCACUAUCAUACUCAAGUCCCUCCUGCUCGUCGUCGUCACCCAGGGAAAAUGAACCGGUGCAGGAGAGGCUGGGGCCUUCAUCAUGGACUGCCAAGGAUUCUGUAGGCGAAGAUUAUCUCUACAGGCUUGGAAAAGAGGCCGAUAAUAUGAACAUCACCGUCGGAGCACGUCAAGGGAUGAUCGAUAACGUUUUUGUUGGUGAUUUUCUUGGAAAGGAAGCCGAUAUUGUGUUCGCUUACAGGCAGAAAGUCACACGUUCGUUCGAGCAUUUGCAAGGAGACUACUAUAUAGCCCCGGCAUUUCUGGAUGCUGUAGUGACGCACAUUGUCAAAAAUUAUGUUGCCGAGCAGCUAGACACUAGUGUCCCUCUCAUCCUCGGUGUAUGGGGUGGUAAAGGGCAAGGAAAGACUUUCCAGACCGAGCUAAUAUUUAAGGCCAUGGGAGUGGAGCCUGUCAUCAUGUCUGCGGGAGAAAUGGAGUCGGAAAGAGCUGGUGAACCCGGACGCUUGAUCAGGGAUCGUUACAGAACAGCUGCACAAGUUGUAAAAAAUCAGGGAAAACUGAGCUGCCUGAUGAUCAACGAUAUUGAUGCUGGCAUUGGGCGAUUUGAAAACACCCAGAUGACAGUGAACAAUCAAAUUGUGGUGGGUACGCUGAUGAACCUGGCCGACAAUCCAACACAAGUUAGCGUUGGUCAAGAUUGGCGGGAAGGAGACGUUAUCAAGCGGGUUCCAAUUAUCGUAACGGGGAACGAUUUCUCGACUCUUUGGGCGCCGCUUAUUCGCGACGGUCGAAUGGACAAGUUUUACUGGCAACCAAGUAGAGAGGAUCUGAUCAAUAUUGUCUACCGUAUGUACUCCAAAGACGGUCUUUCACGCGUGGACGUCGAAACUAUUGUUGACAAAUUUCCUAAUCAAGCUCUAGACUUCUACGGUGCUCUAAAGUCCAGAGCAUGUGACGAAGAAUUGUGGAAGUGGCUGGAAUCUAAUGGUGGUCCCGAGAAACUCAACGAAAUAUUUCGCCAGAGCAAAAAGAAAACCAUUGAUUUCAAUCCGCCUGAGCAAACACUCACGAGUCUACUGAAAGCCGGGACCUCUCUAGUCGAGGAACAGAAAAUGGUGACAAAGAUGCGACUGUCUGAUGAGUACAUGAAGAAACAAACCGGUGAAGGUGGUCUGAUCGGACUUUCUUAGAAUUCAGUGUGAUGCCUUCGAGGAGGAGGCUUUUGAUUCAUGAACAAAAAACUUAUGUUUC